CCACUAUCGAACCUCGUCAACUUUCUGCCACAAUCUUACCUAUUUUUUUUAGUCAACACUAUAGCUUAUUCUGUUUCUGUUCAAUCAUGCCUGCGCCGCACAAACGUUCACGUCCGGCCGAUGAAGAUCUUACAUUCAUCCGUUCGACUCAACUCUAGGAUGAUGUCUGUUCCUACUCUCGACUUUAAUGACUCUUCUCUUUACACUUUCAAGGGCCUAGGAGGCGGAUCCUCACCACUGCUCGACCGCUUGACUGUCGGUUCCGCAUCCAGAAUGGAGAUAUUACCCAUGCGAGCGAUUGCACCUAAUACCACGUACCGACACGCAUUUGAAGACCCCUCGCUGAAGUGCAGCAUGAUGAACGCGACUCGAUAGGAAACUUUGAACGACAUUUGGAACAUCACACAAAGCUCAGAGAUGGCCAAGCAAAGCGGCAGUGAAUGGUUCGAUCUCAGAUAACUGUCAUUCAACUUGGGAGAGAGCCCUCCAAGUUAUUUUGUUGCGGUAUCGGUCGGUCUGUACAAGGUCUGACUGUACCCCUGACAGACUACCCUAGUCUAGUGUGUGACAGGUCACUGGCCUGAGGUCAUGUAUAUAGUCGUCAUCUCCCAGCUAGAUAGCAAUUCAGCGCAGUAUUCCAU